AUUGCUUGACGCAUUUUAAAGCCAUUGUGCAAUAAAUCGGAAAAGCAUCAACACCGGAAAAGCAUCAACAAAUCCUCACAAACCCCAUAGCGAAAAGCGUUUUAUCGCCGCCUGCGUCAUCGUAAGCCGCUCGCUCUCUCCCUCUCUCGUUUCUGUCCCCAGCGUCGUUGCGGAGUCUCGGGAAAUUUGCAUCACGCUGCUUCGGAUAACACCCCCCUUCCCAUUGGAAACGGGCUAAGAACCCAGCGUGAGGUCGAUCCCAGCGUAUCAAACCCCUGUAUAGGAUCACCCCUGGUUGCCGUGCUUGGUGCUGUGUAGCUGACAAGGUAAGAGCAGAGAGAACGGAUCGAGACCCCUGUGUGAGUGCGUGGAUUGGAGUACAGACGUGGUCCACUGUGCGGUAUAUAAGCGAAGUAAACAACCCCUUGCUUGUUUGAAGAAAGAUGCAGCGGUACCUCCGUCAACUGUGUCAGAACCCCUUGGAGUCGAAGGAGCUCAAGAGACCUUCCCUUGCCGACAACACCGAGUAUCAGUCGAGUGCUUCGACGUUGGGGACGCUGAGCUCGCCUGCUAGGGAACGAGCCGCUGGUGAAGCAGAGCUUGCUGAAGUAACAGAGGAGAGCGUGGAAGAAGGAGAGGAGACUUCUGUGAUGGCUGACCAGCAGACGCUGGAGACGUACAAGACGUCCAGGAAGAUCAAGGUCAACAGACGGAUCUACAAGGGCAAGGUGAAGAGUAAGCUGGACGACGUGAAGUUUGAACAUGCCCAUAGCAUUCUGGAUGAAGUUGACACUACAAAGUCCAAGUACAAGGGCUUCUACGUGAUGAUCUGGUUCUCCAUCGCCGUGACGAACUUGGACUUCAUGGUGAACCAUCUCCUGGAGCACGGGUUGGAGAGCGAUAUCCUGGCAACAAUGGGCAAAGACCUGACUGCCGUGGCGUUGACGGACCUGGCGAUGUACCUGUCAAUGUACUUUGUUGUUGUGGUCCAGAAGGCCAUAUGCUGUGGAUGGAUCACGUGGCACGGCUCCGGCUGGCUAGUGACAAGUGCUUACGAGCUGGCGUUUACCGUGUUCUUCCUAUACCUGGCACAGUGGAAGGACUUCCCGUGGAUUGGGAAGAUCUUCCUCUUCUUGCACUCGAUGGUUCAACUGAUGAAGAUGCACUCGUACUCCUUCUACAACGGGUACUUGUGGAACAUCGUCGAGGAGCUGAACGAGUCCAGGGGCCUCCUGAAGAAGUCAGACACGCUCUCGAAGGAGGUUGUUGACCAUUUGAAUGAGUCUGUGGAGUUUUGCCAGUC